AUGCUCGUGUGGGUCAUUGAUGCUGACGAUGAAGGCUUUUGCUUGACUGUAUAUCCAUUUGUACAGAGGUUGCCAGUUUUUCUUGGUGUCCUCCUCCUGGCCGUGCUUGAGCAUCGAGCAUCGGGCCGGGUUCUGUUCGAGAUGGUCUGCUUGCAUCUGAACCUUAUUGAGGGGGAUUACUUUGGCCUAGAGUUCCAGAGCCAUCACAGAAAAAUGGUUUGGUUGGAUUUACUAAAGCCCAUUAGAAAGCAGAUCACACGGCCCAAGCACACCGUCCUUCGGUUUGUUGUGAAAUUCUUCCCCCCUGAUAAUUCGCUGCUGUUGGAGGAGCUGACCAGGUACUUGUUUGCGCUGCAGGUGAGGCAGGAUCUGGCCAGCGGACGCCUCACGUGUAGCGAUGCCAGCGCUGCUCUUUUGGUCUCUCAUAUCAUCCAGUCCGAGAUUGGGGAUUUUGAGGAAACUCAGUGUAGACAGCAUCUACUUAACACCAACUACAUCCCUGACCAGAUGGCCCUGAUGGACAAAAUCAUGGAGUUCCACCAUAAACACAUUGGACAGAUGCCAGCAGAGUCAGAUUACCGGUUGCUGGAGGUGGCGUGCAGGUUGGAGAUGUACAGCAUCCGACUCCAUCCUGUUAAAGACAGAGAAGGAACCAAACUCAGUCUGGCUGUAGCACACGGCGGCGUCCUCGUGUUUCAGGGACACAACAGGAUCAACAACUUCAACUGGUCUAAAAUCCGCAAGCUGAGCUUCAAGAGAAGGAGGUUCCUUAUCAAACUAAGAGCAGACCCUAGUAAUGUUAAUCAAGAUACUCUGGAGUUUUUGAUGGCGAGUCGGGACUGCUGUAAAAUGUUUUGGAAGAUCUGUGUGGAGUAUCACGCCUUCUUCAGGCUCUUUGAGGAGCCCAGACCCAAACCCAAACCGGUGCUGUUCAGCAGGGGCUCUUCCUUCAGGUUCAGUGGUCGGACACAGAGGCAGGUGAUAGAUUAUGUGAAGGAAAAUGAGUUUAAAAAACUGCCCUUUGAUAGGAAACAUAGUCGAGUGCAGUACAACAGCAGUCUGUCACCUCUGCGUUCUGCACAGCACCAAGUGCCAAAUCAAGCUGUCAAGCAGAGCUGGGAGGGCUCAUUUUUAGUAAGCUCAGAAGAUUCUGCGGUAAUAAGACCAUGUGGAAACUCCUCUACAUCGUCUCAGCGCAAUGGAUGCAGCGACCAAACGUACCCUAUUCAGGAGGACAGCAGAAGCCCGGCAGCCAAGCAGCAGCCCGUCGAUCGAGCAGGUCUGGCGUCCCAUGCAGCUAAAGGCAGCAGCUCAUCCAUCCCUUACAUUGACUGCAGUGAUGCAGAGUUUAGUGAACAGGAAGUCAGAGGUCGGGUCAGCAGGUCACACUCGCACACACGCGAUGGCAACAGCGUCAGCGCUUAUGGCACCGGGUUUGGUUUGCCCCGGUCACACCAGCAGGACAGAUACUUGGGCAAGUUCAGGCAGAGAGAGUCUCCGCCUCUUUCCCCUGUAAGCCAAGCCACAAGCCCCGCCCACAGCUACCCAAGCCCCUCCUCUCCAAAUCAAAGUGCUAACAUUUUCGAGUCGCCAUUUUUUGGAAGCAGGGUACGUGGGCCACUUCAUAGCACACUAUUGGAAGAGUUGGCCACAAAAAGCUCCUUAAACCACCACACAGGCACCCGAAGCCUGACCUCUAGCCCUGUCCCCUCCUCAAUUCACAGGACCAGCUCCCUAAGCUACGCCCAGUAUAAUGGAUACACUGGGCGGAGCUUUAGUUCCAAAGCAGGAUGGGAGGAAAGAGGGGGACUAUUUAGUAGCUGCUCCCCAAUUAUGAAUCGUUCAGCAAACAAGUCCCAGAACACCGUUAGCCAGUUAGAAAGAAACAUGCGCGUCUCGAAUCAGCCACACCCUCCCGUUCUCUCCCGUGCCGAGAGAAUGGCCAUGUUGGAGCGCCGAAUGCUGGCCAAUGGGCUCACGCCUCCCGGCAAGGCCAAUCUUAAGCCAAGCUCCCCACACCGUCGCUUCGGGGCUGUGCAGAUGAUUGACGGCUCCACCAGUAGUGGAACAGACACUAGUGACUCAGAAGAGGCAGAGUCUACUGGCUCCUGCAGCCAAUCGCUGGGGUUUGAAAACCAAGCUGCCCGUAGUUCGUCCCGCCUCCCCAGAAACAAGUACUCAUUUGGAAGCUUGCAGCUAGAUGAGCUCGACGAUGAAGGAGGGUGUGUGAACCUCAGUGAUGAGGAAGGGAUGCAAGUGUUUAACUGCUAUUCUGAUGCUGCAAUAAUCUGGAAUACUUCAGGAAUUCAGAGUGAUGUCACUCCCUGGAGUAAAUUUAAGAUCUCUGAGUUGGAAACUCUGCGAGGAGCCAUAACAGAGGUGACGUGUGCUUUAGUUAACGGUCACGCUGAUGACUGUAGAGGAGCGACGCCGUCUCCUCUCAUCUCACCCAUGCUGAAUGACACUGGUGCCAUACGCACUGAUGACGAGGAGGACAACAGGAGGAAGAACUGUCCCGCUGAUAAUGCAUACUGCAUUGCUAAAGAGCUGCUGUGUACUGAGAGGACAUACCUGAAGGACCUGGAGCUGAUCACAGUGUUUGGUGUCGCUGCUUUAGACGAUGUGUGUGAAUUGGAGGCUGCGCUUCGUCCUGGUCUGGAAGAGAUUGAGAACUAUCAGAAACUCCUGGAGCUUCAGAAGGAUUUGAUUGGUGUUGAGCAUCUGGCCGUGGCUGGACGUCAGCUCAUCAGACUGGGCUGCCUCAGCAAACUCUCUGGGAAAGGCCUUCAACAGCGCAUGUUCUUCCUGUUCAAUGACGUUCUGUUGUACAGCACUCGAGGGAUAACAUCAGCCAAUCAGUUUACAGUGCACAGACAACUUCCUCUGCGCGGCAUGACAAUCCGGGAGAGUGAGGACGAGUGGGGCGUCCCGCACUCCUUCACACUGAUGGUACAGCAGCAGUCACUGGUGGUCGCCGCAUGUUCAGAGUCAGAAAUGGAGAAAUGGAUGGAGGAUUUAAAGAUGGCGGUUGACAUGGCUGAAGAGUGUAAUGGACUGACCGCUGACCUGCUGUCUGCUAGCAAGGAUGUCAAAUCCUCAGGGGCGUCUGAAGUGGAGUCAGAGGAUGAUCUUUGUGGAUCUCGAACAUCUUUGCCUCGAAAUGGCAACAAUUCAGGAAACACUCUCAACCGCGGCAACACGACAGCACACGUGUGCUGGCAUCGCACCACCAGUGUUUCCAUGCUGGACUUCAGCAUCGCCAUAGAGAACCAGCUCUCAGGAAAUCUGCUCCGAAAGUUUAAAAACAGUAACGGCUGGCAGAAACUCUGGGUGGUUUUCACCAACUUCACCUUGUUCUUCUACAAAGCACACGAGGAUGAGUAUCCGCUGGCCAGUCUGCCGUUGUUGGGUUACUCCGUAACACAGGCCGGCGAGUCGGAAAACAUCCAUAAAGAUCACGUCUUCAAACUGCAUUUCAAAUCUCAUAUCUACUACUUCAGAACGGAGAGUGAAUACUUUUUCGAAAGAUGGAUGACGGUGAUCAGAAGUGCUACAGUCUCUGCCAGCAGAACCCGCUAUCUGAACCGGACCGAACCGGACUGAACCUGCCAUGUGAACCAGGCUGAUCCUGAAACUGCCAUCUGACCUGGACAGAAAAAAACAUAAACCCACAGACCCAUGCAGGCAUAUAGGGAGCAACCAUCUCCGUGUGUGUGUACUUUUAUGACAACGUCACUUUUUUUUAGUGACUGACUUUUUUUAAUAGCAUUGUUUCAUAGUAUGACAUUAAAGGGGAAUGUCGCCAUUUCACUUCUGAGCCUUUUAAUAGACGCUCUUCAGUUCAAAUAUCAGCCUCGGGCAAGUUUAGUUUUUUUUCCUAUUAUUGUAUUUUUGCUGAAUUACUUGUAAGAAACAGAGAGAAUAUGUAAGGUGCUUAAACUGCAUCCGUGACAUUUAAAGUUUUAUUUUAAAGGAGAAAAUCAGAGAGUAAAACAGCAAAUGAUAAAAGAUUUCACACACCUGGAGAAGUACAGAGAUCACCAUUGUGCCCUUAAGGACAGGUGCUCCUGGUGAGAUUUCGGAUAAAAGGUGCUUACAAAUCCUUAGGGAGAUAUUCACAAAAACUGCAUUGUGUUUCAUAAAAUGGCCUCAGAUAUUGAAAGGUGCUACUGUGUGUUCACAGGACGUGUUAGUGUUGGGUGUGAAUAGGACAUAAGGUUAACUGAGGUUUAUUAUAAGGUAUAUUUAUAGCAUGUGAUGACAUACUAAAGUCUUUAUCUUGAGAAACUAAAAGGAAAAGUGUUAAUAAAGGCUCAGAGAUGAAGAGAGGUGGAAUUCCCCUUUAACCUCAUGGUGUUCCCCACACACAGGUGCUUUUUAAUGUUUGUGUUUUGUCCUCUAGUGUAAAAAAACAUGAAACAUGGGCUUUUACAGAAUCUCAUUUUGUAAAUGAUAUUUAAUUGUAAGCCGUAAGUGUCACUUGUUGCCUUUAAAAGGAGGCAGAUUCAUUUCAGUGCCAUGGUUUUUAUAGUACAGGUUUCUAUGUGUUAGACUUUGUUUCUAUCAGCUGAAACCAUGUUGGGUGCCAGAAGCCAAUGUGCCAAAAUCAUUCUGUUUGUUAACAUUUUGGACUGAAUAAUGUAAAAGCAUUGCAAAUUUGGGAUUUAAAGGCAAGUUAUAAAACACACAAGUACAUUUCGUCAACCGAAACUUAUAUUUAUAGAGUUCAAGUGCCAUUAAGAGCAGAACACACAAAAGGUAUUUUACACUACGUUUAUUUCCGUCAGCAUGUAACACUUGGUAAUGAAGAAAGGAUAUUUUGUUAUUCAAGGUUGUAAGAAGAUUGACGCCCCUCACUGUCAUUUUAGAAAAAUUAUUUUCACCAAACUAAGAAGCAUUCACCCAUAGGCCGCACCGUAUAAACCACAACUGCAUAUUACAGGCUAGUUUAGUCCACAGAAGAGGUCAAGCUUUAAAAUGUGCAGAAAGACGUGAUGUUUUAGUUUCAUACGGCCCAAACACUACUAAAAUGAAUGGAAAAAGACAAAGAGAGAGACAGUUUAUUGGAAAUGAAAGC